AUGGAAGAACUGGUGGGUAAGAGGCAUCCUGACGCUGGCAAUGAUUACCUUCUUCUUCAUCAUCAUCUACUUGGGACCCCUGGUCUUAAUGACAAUAGUGAUGUGUGUCCAGAUCAAGUGUUUCCAUGAGAUUAUCACUAUUGGCUAUAAUGUGUACCACUCGUAUGACCUGCCCUGGUUCAGGACACUCAGCUGGUACUUCCUGCUCUGUGUGAACUACUUUUUCUACGGGGAGACUGUGACAGAUUAUUUCUUCACCUUGGUGCAGAGGGAGGAGCCCCUGCGGAUCCUCAGCAAAUACCACCGCUUCAUUUCCUUUGCCCUCUACUUGACAGGUUUCUGCAUGUUUGUCCUGAGCCUGGUGAAGAAGCACUAUCGCCUCCAGUUCUACAUGUUUGGAUGGACCCACGUGACGUUGCUAAUUGUUGUUACCCAGUCCCACCUCAUCAUUCACAACCUGUUUGAAGGAAUGAUAUGGUUCAUUGUCCCAAUUUCCUGUGUGAUCUGCAAUGACAUCAUGGCAUACAUGUUUGGGUUCUUCUUCGGCCGCACUCCGCUCAUCAAGCUCUCCCCAAAGAAGACCUGGGAGGGUUUUAUUGGAGGAUUUUUUGCCACUGUUUUGUUUGGAUUGCUGUUGUCCUACGUGAUGUCCGGGUACCGGUGCUUCACCUGUCCCGUGGAGUUCAACAACGACACCAACAGCUUCACAGUGGACUGUGAGCCAUCUGAGCUCUUCCAGCUCCAGGAGUACAACAUCCCCUUGGUGCUGCAGUCUGUGGUGGGCUGGAAGACCGUCCGGAUGUACCCCUUCCAAAUCCACAGCAUCGCUCUCUCUACCUUCGCCUCCCUCAUCGGGCCGUUCGGAGGCUUCUUUGCCAGUGGGUUUAAGAGGGCCUUCAAAAUCAAGGACUUUGCCAACACAAUCCCAGGGCACGGAGGCAUCAUGGACCGCUUUGACUGCCAGUACCUGAUGGCCACUUUUGUGAACGUGUACAUUGCAAGCUUCAUCAGGGGUCCUAACCCGAGCAAACUGAUCCAGCAGUUCUUAACCUUGAGGCCAGACCAGCAGCUCCACAUCUUCAACACGCUCAAAGCUCACCUGGUGGACAGGGGUAUGCUGGGGGGUCUGGAGGACGCGUAGAGAUCCGGGCGACUGGAACAGGACUGAGAACAGACAAGCCUCCCUGAGGAAAUUCCUGGCUUGCCUGGUUUAAGACAGUAAUAAGGCCUCAUUUCACUGUAACUUUUCUUCCUCUCUUGGUAAAUGUUUGCAUUUGUGGGUUUUUUUAAAUAAUAUAUUUAUAUAGCUUUGGUUCA